AUUCGGCCAUAAAUCAUCACAAUAAUGAAGAAACUAAUAAGCAGAAGGAUUUCCUGGGGCACCUCUUGCAGCUAACCAAAUUUGAUCAUCCUGCAACAUCACUAACCCUGCCUCAAGUUAAGGCCAUGCUUAUGGACACUCUGAUUGGGGAACUGAUACAACCGCUGCUAUGGUUGAGUGGGCUAUGGCAGAGGUGUUGCAACAUGCAGAAGUAAUGAGGAAAGUCCAAGAAGAAUUGACUGAGAUUGUGGGAUUAAAUAGUACAGUUGAAGAGGUUCAUUUGCCCAAGUUGAAGUAUCUAAGUGCAGUUGUGAAAGAGACACUUCGCUUGCACCCACCUCUCGCUCUCCUCGUUCCUCAUAGUCCAAGUGAGCCUUCUACUAUAGGAGAGUAUAGCAUACCAAAGGGUGUGCGUGUCUUCCUACAUGUAUACUCUAUUCAGAGGGGUCCCCAUUUUUGGGAAGAUCUAUUGCUGUUUAAACCUGAGCGAUUUUUAAGUGAGUCUGCUGCUGAGAAAAUGGACUACUUGGGCAACUAUUUUCAGUAUCUUCCAUUUGGGUCUGGAAGGAGAAUGUGUGCUGGCGUUUCACUUGCAGAGAGGACAGCGAUGCUAGUAUUGGCUUCACUGCUUCAUGCUUUCCAGUGGAAGUUACCUAAUGGCUCAGUGGAUGUUGAUACAUCUGAAAGAUUUGGAAUCGUCGUGAAAAAAGCAAAGCCUUUGCUUGUUGUCCCAACUCCUAGACUCUCUAGCUUGGAGCUUUAAUCACUUGAAGAUUAGUUUCUAAAAGAAACUAUAAGGUAUAGCUAAGUAGAAUUUUCAUGCAAUAAUGAAUAAAUUGGUCGUAAUGUGAUAGUUGUAUCAUAGUUGCUUUUUUCUGCUUGAAACAAAGUUUGCACAUCAUUUAGCAUGUAUCUCAAUAGCAAAUGGUUUUAGAGUAAUGCACAUACAUAUUAUGAGCACCGAACCUUCAAUUUUAUCACACCUUUUUCACUUGGUUCCUUUGCAUUUUUUGAUAGCUGUAAGAGUAUAUUAGAACUCUCCAAUCAAGAUAGAAAAAAGAACUGUUAUUUGUGAUCUAAUCUUGGGCGUCUGUUUCUGACAAUAAUCUGUUAAACUACAACGUUUUCUGCUAUAUUUUUAUUUAUCUAAUGCAGUCCUGUCAAUAGAGAAGGUAAUUCUCUGUUUACUUUCAUAGGAUGGAACACAUUGAGGCCUGAUUUUGAUUAGCUAAGCAUACUUGAAAGAAAAAAAAAAAAAAAGAAGAAAAAAAAUGCUGCAUCUAUAUGACAGCAGUAAUACUCCUUCCAUCCUGUAUCAGUAGACAAAAGCAGACUAUUAACUUUGAGCUGGAAAUUCUUUUUCGGUACAUGCUAGCUCUGGAUUGAAGAAGGGGUAUUAUUAGUUUAUGAUUCAUACUUAUUUCAUGUAUUAUUUUGUUUUCUGGUUGAGAUCAGAUCAUA